AUGUUUUCUGAAAUCUUCCGAUUCACCCUCCGAACUCCGGACCUCAUCUCUGGCAAGGCAUUCGCUCACCUACGACAGACAGUCGCUCAAGCUGGUGCCGUGAGCCAAUAUUUUGGAUACACUACACCCACGAGCUUUUCUCCUCUUCCGAGGAAAAGACAUGAGAUAUGUUGGGUAGUGAACUGGGCUGGAAGUACCGACACAUCAUUCCUCGGCGAACACUUGGACUCCUUGUCCGAUGGCGAUGCCACAUCCUUGCACUGCGAAUUUAAUGACUCUGAAUGGAGCGAGGUUACAAAGGCGCUAGAAUCUCGCGUCUGCGAAUUCGCUAUGAUCAGGCUGUCAGACAACACCCCUCUGGCAGACGAAGCAAUCCAGAAAUCAAUGCACAAAACUUACACUGAUGCGUAUAAACUGAACGGAUUUACUGGUGGAAAUUGGGCAUAUACGUCUAAUACGAACAGCUCGGCUGGCGCAUUGGUCCGAAUGACAGAGAUCAAUAUUCCAAGCGAGGAGCGACGAUUGGGUGUUUAUUAUCUAGGCUGGGAAAGUAUCGAGCUGCAUGAAGAUGGGACCAAGGAAGAGGCUUUCCUGGAGGAGCUCAGGAACUUGGGGCGAUGGUUUGGUGAAGGAACUGGGGCAUGGUAUGCGAUGUUGAGGAGGCACGAGUAA